AUGGACACCAAGACACGGGCGGCUGAGGUUGCCACAGAUCACGAUUCACGACGCAGUGACAUUUGGUAUAUCAGGUUUCUCGCGCCGGCUAUUGAUGUCCUUCUCAGAACCCAAACCUCUCCUGUUCCAAAACCUUCGCCAAUUCUAGCCGUUAUGCCUGCAGCUUUGAGCAAUGGCGGUCAAGGGCCAGCACAGGCUCCUGUCCCGAAGAAGCUGGUUCUCUGUUUCGACGGCACCGGCAACACCUUCACUGGUUCCAACUCGGAUACCAAUGUUGUCAAAAUCCUGAGCAAGCUGGAUCGCAAUGAUCCGAAUCAGUACCACUACUACCAGACUGGCAUCGGCACGUACGACAUCAACGAUGAAUCCGUCAACAAGAGCUGGUUCGGCGAGGUUCGAAGUUCUCUGUCACAGACCAUUGACCAAGGAAUCGGCACAACGUUCGACGCUCAUGUCCUUGCUGGCUACCGCUUCCUCAUGCGUUACUACGAUUCCGGAGACAAGAUCUACAUGUUCGGUUUUAGCAGAGGUGCCUUCACGGCCAAGUUUCUGGCACGCAUGAUUCACACCGUUGGCCUGCUGUGCAAAGGCAACGAGGAGAUGGUCCCCUUUGCCUACCGUCUCUACCAGCGCUACCUGGCAGGUGAGGUUGAGGACUUCAUCGUGGCACACCCCAAGAAGUCCAAGAAACACAAGGGUAAGGCUGCAUCUACAUCGAAUGGAGACAACAUAGAGCCAAGCGACGUAGAGGACGAGGAGCCAGCCCUAGACGAACAUCACGAAAACGGCGACCCGGUCGCCCACGGGCACAGAUAUGAGGUCGCCCGGGACGAGAUCGAAGCAUUCAGCGAUACGUUCUGUCGUAAGGAGACGUCGAUGCACUGCGGACAGAUGGAAGAGUCCAACAUCAAGGUCUUCUUCCUCGGCAUCUGGGACUGCGUCAACUCCGUGGCCGUCCUCGAGCGGACCACACCCGUGCCCGUCCCUGUCGCCGGCACGGCGCACCACGUCCGGCACGCCGUCGCCGUCGACGAGCGCCGCGUCAAGUUCAAAGCCGCCCUCCUCGCCCAGGACAUCCGCGACACGAGCCACACGCACGAGGACAUCAAGGAGGUCUGGUUCCCCGGCUGCCACGGGGACGUCGGCGGCGGGUGGCCCGCCUCCGACGACAACCCCCUCGACAACCGCGGCGAGAUGACUUUUUGGGAGCGCGUCAAGAACUUUUGGACGACGCGCAAUGACAAGAGGCUCAGUAAGGCGCUCGGCUGCGACCGGUUCCAGAUGAGCGACGUCCCGUUGGCCUGGAUGAUCCGCGAGGUCGAGCUCGUCGGCGCAAAUGAGCCGUCGGCGGCUCUCAAAUGGCGUGAAAGCGUACACGCUUUCAAGGCACGGUUCGCGAAGAAGAAGAAGCAAGCGCUGAAGGGAGUCAUUCAUGAUUCUCUCGCCUUUGGCAGCGGGACGGCCUUCUUCAAGGUGCUGCUGUGGAAGUUCAUGGAGUGGUUACCCUUCAUUACACGCUGGGAGCUCGAGGACAAAGGGUGGCAGAACGUUCGUUUCCCUCUCAACAAGGGCCACACUCGGGAUAUUCCCAAGGACGCCGUCCUCCACGAGUCCCUUCUGUGGCGUCUGAAGAACGAUCCGACCUACUGUCCCGGGAACAAUCACGGCGGACGGCUCCCGCCUUGCUUGAAACACAAGGAUGCCGUUGCUGAAUGCGAGCCUGCGACAGACGCCGAGGCAGAGGAAACCCUUGAACACAAGAUUUACAAGAUCGUGAGGUCGGCAUCUGAUCUUUGA